AUGGCUACUUCACCUGUCCCUCCUGCACUUUCCUGCUCAUUGUGUCAGAUGUUUAGUUACUCCUCGGCCUCCUUUAGCAGUAAUGAUACCUGUAAUAAAUGUAGCAUAUUUGCAGCUCUGGAGGCCAGGAUUACUGAAUUGGAGACUCGGCUUCGCACCCUUCAUUCACCCGUAGCUAGCCAGGCCCCUGUAGCUGGUGCAGCCGAAGAUAGCGUAGGCCCCGCUAGCUGUUCCCCGGCAGACCCCAAGCAGCUGGGGAAAGAGGGCGGCUGGGUGACGGUGAGGAGGAAGCAUAGUCUUAAACUGAAGCCCCAGGUACACCACCAACCUGUUCAUGUGUCUAACCGUUUUUCCCCACUCGGCGACACACCCGCCGGGGGUCAAACUCUGGUAAUUGGUGAUUCUGUUCUCAGACAUGUGAAGCUAGAGACACCGGCAACCAUAGUCAAUUGUCUUCCAGGGGCCAGAGCAGGCGACAUUGAAGGAAAUUUAAAACUGCUGGCUAAGGGUAAACGUAAAUACAGUAAGAUCAUAAUUCAUGUUGGCAGUAAUGACACCCAGUUACGCCAAUCGGAGGUCACUAAAAUCAAUAUUGAAUCGGUGUGUAACUUUGCCAAAACAAUGUCGGACUCUGUAGUUUUCUCUGGUCCCCUCCCCAAUCAGACCAGGAGUGACAUGUUUAGCCGCAUGUUCUCCUUAAAUUGCUGGCUGUCUGAGUGGUGUCCCAGAAACGAUGUGGGCUUCAUAGAUAAUUGGCAAACCUUCUGGAGGAAACCUGGUCUUGUUAGGAGAGACGGCAUCCAUCCCACUUUGGAUGGAGCAGCUCUCAUUUCUAGAAAUAUGGACAAAUUCAUU